GCGUAACGGUUCCCGAAUAGUUUUAACAGUUCCGAGAAUCGGUGAGAACAGAGAACGUCCAAAAGGAACCAAAAUAACAGCUGGUUACAAAUUCGUUAUCUGCUAUGGAAAUCGAUAAAACAGGCUCCACCAUAAAGAUCAACUCCAACCACUUCCCCAGCAAAUUAUGGCAUUUGGUGAACCAUCCACAGAUUUGUUCAAUCUGCUGGGACGAAACUGGGGAAGGAAUACUCAUCGAUCAGAGAACCUUCGAAGCUGAAGUGCUGUUUUCUUCUAAAAGCCAGAUGAGACAGUACUUCAAAACAACAGACUUCACCAGUUUCGUUCGUCAGCUAAACCUUUACGGCUUUAGGAAAAUGCGCCCAGACUUUGAGGUCUCAGAGAAGCAACUCGACAGCACUUCCAUCUAUGCUCAGACGCACCAUUAUCACAACCCAAACUUCAAACGUGCGAACCCGGAGCUUCUGGUCAACCUGAAGCGACUCACGGCUCUAAACAAGGCCAGGCUUGCCGAUGGGAUAGAGAUGCCCAGACAGUCAUUCAGGCCUUUCCAUUAUCCGUUGCUGAAUUCACCUGAUGCGAUGAAAAAUGGUUUAGGUUCAGUCUUUGAUGAACAUCAGAGAACGCCUUACCACCAUCGCGGAAAUGACUUUCAGCGGGUGAAGGAGUGUGAGAGAACACCAAAACCCUCCCAAGAAUUUGUAAUGGGCAUUGGCGAUCCGGGAUCUGUGUUCCACCACUUCCCGAUGGACUCUCUGCCAUGUGCACGUCCAUCCAGCCCCAUGCAUAUGCAUUAUGGCUCCCAAAGUGCAGUGCCUACUGCGAUGUUAGGUGCCUUCAUACCUCAUCAAUCAUUGUACAGAUUUUACUCACCAGUGUAUCAGUGCUAUAGCCCAGGCUUUUAUGAUUCAAAUAUUCCAUAUUCCCAACAGCCAGCUGCCUCCUACGCUCACUGUGGCUAUUACCCUGACUUCUCAGUCAGCUACUUCCAAUGCACUGGUCAGAAUCCAAACUUUCAAGCAGGUGACGCUCCAGAUCUCAGGAAGAGUUACGUGAACCUGGACACUGUAUUCAAUGUGGCAGAUGAAAUGCAGGCUUCUGCUGCUUCCUCCAAUCUGCCCACCAAUGAAAAGUCACCUGUGAAGACAGUUUGAGUAGCCACCUCAUUUUUAUUUGAUGUGUAAUGAUUGAAAAUGUAUGGUUGAGUGAAUGCCUUUAUUCCAUUUCCUGACAACAAGUCACUCUUGAGUAGAUGAUUAUGAGUUUCUAUAUAAAAAAAAAAACCGGUUCGAUUCCUUUCGUAAUUAUUCUAGAUUAUUACACAGGGUUUGAAAUGCAGCUAUAGCUAGCACAGCUUUUAAUGAUCAAAAUGAACUUUAGUAUUUCCUUUAGAUGCCUGUGCAUAUUGAAGACAUGAAUGAUAACUUAUCAAACAGCUCUUUUAUUUUAUUGCAUCGGGGGUUUUUUUCCCCUCAAGGAUAAUCUUUUAUUUUAAAUAACAUGCCAAAUUUGUAUAAAUUUACCAUUUGUACAUAAAUCUUUUAUUUAAGAUAACUUGCAAAAAAAUCUUUUUAUGUAUUUAUAAUACUGUUUAGAUUUAAAUAUAAUUUUAGUGGUAGUUUGAUUCAGUGAAUUGAACAAGUGAUAUUUUAAUGCCAACUUGUCUUAGUAACAAAUUCUAACUGUAUUUUAAAGCAUGCACUGCUGAAGCACUUGAUGCAUGAAAUGUAUUAAAGUGAUUUUAUC